AUGGGGUUUGGGGCGGCCUCGCCCCCGCCGCCGGCUUCCCCACCUUCGACGUCCCUGCCCCUGUCGCCCCAGCCUGCCCCGUCUCGGCCGCCCAUGCCUGUUCCGUCCCUCCAUGCAGCGUCUCCUGUCCCUUUGAAUAUCUGCGGCGAGGAGUCUCCUGCUGUGUGUGGUCCGGUGCCCCCGGCCGUAGAGGCUGUGGUUCUCAGGGGCCGGGCCUUGAAGGUGCGUCCAUUGGAGAGUUCUGCUGUGUUACGGGAUGAUGAGGGUGAUAGCUCGGAUGACCGGCAGCCCCCAUCUCCAAGCGCUCGAGGCGGGUCUGGAGUGUGUCUCCCCCUUCGUGGGGUGCCUUGGGUGGAGAUGCAAGAGUACGUUGAUCCGGCGUCUCCUGUCGUGGUUGGCGGUGCUGUGGGGGGCUCUAUGCUGCCUCCGGAGUCGCCCCCUAUGCCUACUGCUGAUGACUCCCCACGGUGGGAGGUUGCUCCUGCCGAACGGGACCUCAUCGUGGUCUUACAGAAGGAUGUGCGCUAA